UCGAAGUUUCUUCCCCCCGAGCCCCCUCUGGGCCGGUCGACUUUGGUCGCGUUGUUUCGACCGUCCUGAAUGCCUGGAGGAUCGUGGACUUGUCGCUAACCACUCCCGCACACGGCAACGUCAGCUUUCCAACACUACUGUGCAGUAGAGCCGCGCCGGCGCGGUGGAGAUGAGGCCGACCACGAGGCCUCUCCUCGGCCCCAACCGAAUGUGGCUUACAACUUACAAGUCAUUACUCCGUUAAACUGACUCUGUUAGGCCCAGCAUUCGGAUACCCGACAAAUGGCAAACAAUUAUUCCAGAACCAAACCUAUACUCACAACGACGCCGGCUGUCCACAGUCGUCGCAGCCAGAAUGGAUACUCAGCCUUUCAACACGGGCAUCCCGUCUCAACUCUGCUCAGCUUUGCCCGGAACAGUCUCGCUGAAACGGCUUGCCCUGGCCCAUACAACGGUAUGCAUGACAGCAAGCUCGCGGAUACAGGACCCCGGCGUUACUUCUCACCCUCUGCUGCUUCUUCUUACCUCCUACAUGGCCAGUGCACCCUCUCUCGCAUUGAUUGUCCCUCCAUUUAUGUCAUUCGACGGUUCGGCCGAACGCAGGGUGGAUGGCAGACAGUACGGAGUAUGCAUCCACGCAUCGAAACGAAGAGUGACGCCGAGUCUACAGUGCCACACUGCGACAGACAAGUGCCUUUGCCUCCUUACAGCUCCCUCCCAAAGCAUAGCCCGAACAUCACAAGGGGACCUACAGCCUGCAGCCUACGCACCAGCCUCCGGAAACAACUCCAAGGGAUGCGUCGACAAACGCUCCCGGAUCAGACGGCAGGUCUUGGCCAACACGACCCAAAAAGGGCUCAGUCCAAUUUGUUCGCCUCCCACAUCCCGGAAGACGCAGCAUUUCGCUUCUCCACGACCAAUUUGCUCGGCGGGGUGGGUGCUAGAUGCACGUGGAUUACCCCGGCCAUUCGGCUAUCUUUAUCGCCAUUCUAAUUUGAAUGCGAUAGGCCGACAAAGAAAUGACGGUGGGUUCAGAAGUCGUGCUACCAGCCUGCACCAGGAAUUCCAUGGGCUGUAUCAGUAAACGCCCUGUGUCACCAAAGGAUGCGGCUUCAGCGCGAACGGCUGAAAAUGUUUCCUCGCAUAUGUUGGUUCCCGUUUGGCCCAGCCUGCUGCUUCGUUUGCCUUGGCGAACGAUUGUACAGACGUUUCGACCGGCGGGAUACAGGACAUUCGUUUUGAAUCUUUCGUAAUGCCCGUCUGUUGGGUAUCUCUCUUACGCUAGACGGCGAGAGGUCUCUAUGGCUGGCGUCUGUUCUCAAUUUGCAGCAACUUACACCGUUGUGAGGUUGAUCCUAAGAAUGUCUUAAACACCAACGC